CGGCUGCCGGCCGAAAGGCGCGGCCCCGACAGCGGUCCUUGGCGCGCCCUUCCCCCGGCGCGGUGGUGGUCGCCGUGGCCCACAGUAUCGCAGGGGCCGCACGAAGUGGUGCUCGGGCGCCGCAGCAGCAGCAGCAGCAGCCGCGAUGGGGGUGGGGAAGGUGUCCUGCCCGUGGUGCGUGGCGUUGGGCUUUGCCGUCGUCACCGUUGUGGUGCUCGUCAGGCGAAACCAGACGUUCCGCUACUUCUUCCGCUUGACUACCUACUACGUGCUCAUGUCGGCGGUGUGCGCGCUGGCAUGCGUGCCGUCCGUGUUCAGGCCCUUCGACCCAGCAAACAUGGUCAUGAUCAGUCAUGGCCUCAGGCGUCUUACGUGGGCCAUAGGCGUGGGGGUCGUGCUUCGCCACAGAGAGCGCAUACCCAGAGACAGAAGAUUCAUAUUGGUCGUCAACCACCAGUCCAGCCUGGACGUGUUCGGGCUGCUGCACUUUUGGCGCGAAUUCCAUCCAUGCGUGCCUGUCAUGAAGCGUGAGCUGCUCUACACGGGCCCGCUGGGGUUGGCGUGCUACUUGGCCGGCUCCGUUUUCCUAGAUCGUGGCAAUUCGCAGCAGAGCCGCCGAGCGCUCAACGAACGCCUUGAGGAUAUCAAGAACGGCAAGGCGAGCUUCCUGUUGUUUCCCGAAGGGACUCGGAACGCAGAACCCAAGAUGCUGCCAUUCAAGAAAGGCGCAUUCCACAUGGCAGUGAACAGCCAGGCCCCAGUACUCCCUUUGGUUCUCAGCAACUACAAAUCAUUCUUCUGUUCCAAAGAGAGGAAGUUCAAUAACGGCACUGUGAAGCUGACCGUGCUGCCUGUAGUCAGCACCGACGGCAUGACCACGGACGACGUGACGGACCUGACAAAGCGCAUCCAAAGCAUGAUGCAGGAUGAGCUGGACCGGCAGCAAGCCGAACUGGAGGAGGCGCGGCAACUGGUGCCCGCCUCCGCCGGGGUCGAGAGCGCCAUUGUCAGCGACAUGCGCUUGGCCACCUCAGCGACGAGCGAGUCGGCGGUCGCCAAUAAAGAACGACUCCGAGAUGGCCGAAGGACCUGCCGCAUCAAACGAUCGAUAUAACUGUGCCCAGCCACCACGCGUGUCACGGAAAACGGAGGUCUUGAACGACCACACCAGCUGGGACAUGGUGCGAGAACAUGACCAAAUUAAGUAAGGGCGCGCGGGUAAUAAACGCGGGUGAUU